UCCAGCUGACGAGUCCCAAAUAGGUUUAAACGCAUGUCAAACUUGAUUCCACUACUGGCUACUAUCCAUCUUUACUUAUAGUCCAAUUAGUUUUUUUUAAUAAUUUUUUAAUACUUAAAAUAUAUUUCUACCGUACUAACCUUAAUUGAGAAAUGAUUGGUUAGUUUUAGUUCAGUAUACUCUUUAGUUUAAAUUGUCUUAUUAGCGAAUAGCUAUGUAAGGAUAAAAAUGAUAUUUUUGAUCAUUAUUACUAAUAAAAUACUUAAUAAUCAAAACAUGUUGAAUUAUUUAUACUUAUAGACUAUUAGAUUCUAUUCAAUCCCUAUAUUCUAUUUAAAAUAAUUAAAAUAUAUAAAACCCUUUUUUUUAAAAUAAUUAUCUCAAUACUACUGAUAAUAUAAAUAAAUAGUUUUAAUUAAGAAAAGUUUUAAUGAAUCAUAAUACACCUACAACUUGUUCUAAUUUAAUCAAUCAAUUUGAACAACAAAUUUAUUCUAUCAAUGAUCAACGAAUAAAACCACAACCUGAAUAUUGUUUACCAUCUGAAACAAGAAUAAUCACGGAUGAAACAAAUCAUCAUUUGUCUAGUCAAUUGUCAUCAUCACAAGUUCAAGAAUUUGUUGGACAAAAUUCUAAUCUGUAUUAUUUACAUGAUAAUGAUUCAAUGAGUGUAUCAAGUCAAAAAUUACAUAAACCUAUAAAAAGUUAUAUAUCAAAAGUAAAAUGUGAUAAGAUUAGAAAUAAAAUAGAAUGUCAAUCAAUUAAUUCAGAUAAUAUUAUACAAGCUGUUAUUGGUUUUGCUGUAGAUCUUGGAAAUAUAUGGCGAUUUCCAUUUAUAUGUUAUCGUAAUGGUGGUGGUGCAUUUCUAAUACCUUAUCUAGUUAUGUACAUUUUUGGUGGACUACCUUUAUUUUAUCUUGAAUUGGCAUUAGGACAAUAUCAGCGCAGUGGUUGUUUAACAGUAUGGAAAAGAAUAUGCCCUUUGUUCAGUGGCGUUGGUUUUGGAAUUUGUAUAAUCGCAAGUUAUACAGCAUGGUAUUACAAUACAAUUAUUGCAUGGGCACUAUUCUAUAUGAUUGACGCUAUGAAACCACAUAUACCAUGGGAUGGAUGUAAUAAUUGGUGGAAUACAAAUUCUUGUGUCACCGUUUAUGAAAGAUUGAUCAAUCAUUCUAUACUGAAUGCUUCACAUAAAUAUGAACUAAAUGAACUGGUCAAUUUGUCAAUAGCUAAUCUAAAGAUUAAUGGAAGUGGUGAAGUGUUUUCUUCUACAGAAGAAUAUUUUUAUCGUCGAGUAUUGCAAAUUCAAUAUGCAGAAGGAUAUAAUAAUGUUGGUCCAAUACGUUGGGAAAUUAGUCUCUGCUUAAUGGCUGUAUUUACAAUAGUUUAUUUUUCACUUUGGAAAGGAGUUAAAAGUAGUGGAAAAGCUGUAUGGGUAACUGCUACUUUGCCUUAUGUUAUUUUAUCUAUUCUACUGAUUCGUGGUCUAACAUUAGAAGGUUCAUUAACUGGUAUUAAAUACUAUCUUACGCCAAAUUUUUCAAGUCUGUUAAGUAUUUCUGUUUGGAGUGAUGCUGCAUCUCAAAUAUUCUUUUCACUUGGACCAGGCUUUGGUGUUCUGUUGGCUUUAUCAAGUUAUAAUAAAUUUCAUAAUAACUGUUACAGAGAUGCAAUGAUUACCAGCUUUAUUAACUGUGCAACAAGUUUUGUGUCAGGAUUUGUGGUCUUCUCUGUUUUGGGAUAUAUGUGUUUCCGAAUGGGAAAAACAAUGGAAGACGUAGCAAAUGAAGGACCUGGUUUAGUAUUUAUUGCUUAUCCUGAAGCCAUUGCAACAUUAACUGGUUCAACAUUUUGGGCAAUUAUAUUUAUGUUAAUGUUGAUAACCUUAGGUCUUGAUAGUACAUUUGGUGGUCUUGAAGCAAUUAUAACAGCAAUCAUGGAUAGUGUCCCUGCAUUAUCUGGUAGACGUGAGGUGUUUGUUCUUGCUGUGGUUAUUUAUUGUUUUAUCGGAGCUUUACCAUCUACUACAUGUGGUGGAUAUCUUGUUCUAACUAUGCUUGAUCGUCAUGGUGCCCCAAUCUCAAUUUUAUUCAUUGUAUUUUGUGAAUGUGUAGCACUGUGUUGGUUUUAUGGUACCAAACGAUUUUGUAAUGACAUACAAAUGAUGCUAGGUUUUAAACCUGGUAUAUUUUGGCAAAUCUGCUGGGCCUAUAUAAGUCCAAUUUUCUUGCUGGGUAUUUUUAUUGCAAAUAUAGUUUCUUAUGAAACACAACCUGUUUCUGUUUUGGGCGUUGUCUAUGAACCUACAACCUGGGUUAUUGUACUGUCAUGGGCUAUAGUGUUCUCAUCUCCAAUAUUCAUUCCAAUCUUAAUGAUAUAUAAAUUACUGAAGGCUAAAGGAACUUUUGUUGAAAGAUUACGUUUUCUUAUAACACCUGAAGAUCGACCAGCUUACGGGGAUCAACAAAUUACAUUAAAUGCCGUUGGUGAAUAUGUACCAAAGAAAACAUUCAAAACAAAUAAGUUAUAAAGGAAAUUCCCAAUGAUAUCAUAUACAAUAUUUAUACAAUUAUAAUAUUCACCUCAAUCUUCUAACUAUCAAUUUAGUAUAAUAUAAAUAUACAUUUUCAAGAUUUAUUAUGUUACACAUGUUCAGAAAGGACAUAUAUAUAUAUAUAUAAUGUCUUAAAUAUAUCAACUCUCUUCCUUUCUUUGGUUGGACCAAUAUCAAGUAUACCACUCAUAGUGAAAACGUUUACAAUUACUCAUUUAAUUACAAUAUAUUAUCUUUAUUCUAGAUAUUCAUAUCCGAUACAUUGAAUUUCAGAUAAUAUGAAAUCGUUUAUAACUAAGAGUUUGAAAGGUUAACGAAAACGGAAGCUUUAUUUUAUCAUUAACUACCUUAAAGAUCUGUUGUUGUUUUGUUUUUAUUAUUUCAACAAUUGCAACAUAUUUGACUAUCAUGUUUAAGUUCAUUUAUCUUUUUCAUGUCUUUAAAUUGUAACCCUUACACCUUCCACUUAUCUCUCAAAAAAUAUUAUGGGCAAUAAAUCACCAAACACUAGGAUUAUUCUUGACGAAAGUGAAGACUAACAUGUAUGAACCAGAUUAUGGUUCGAAAUUCACAUUAACAGUUGAUCGUCAUACACGUUACUCUUAUUUAAGUGUUUAUAUAUAUAUUCCUUGAAAAAUAAUCUUUUUUAACUAUGAAUCCCAUAACCUUUUAUUUGUACUCUACUACAUAUUACAAUUUACAUGGUACAUAUUUAUAAAGGUAUGUUGUUAACUAAUUAUUCUGAAUAAACUUACAUCAAAAAAUAAUUAAUGUUCAAAACCUUUUUAUGUUAAACAAUUCAUACUACUUAUUUUUAUUUAAGUAGUUAAAUGAUAAUAGCAUUACUGUUUUUGCCCAUUAUUUAUCUGCUUAUUGGAUUAAACACGGUCAGCUGACAAAAUAUAAAUAACUUUUCUCUAUUUCAACUCUGAUACAGUUAUUAGCAGAUAGAAAUUCCUAUCAUAUUUGGAAUAAAAGCAUCAUGAAGACAUUUUCAUUAAUCUGGUUAACUAGAAUGUGUAAUCCUAGAGUCUAAUUGAUCACACAGUUUUAGUUACAUUAUAAUUAAAUUGUAAAUGUUUAAAAUAAUCAUGUUAUUUACUCCAUAGCAUUGAUAGAUUUAUACCAGGCAAUCGCCUAAUUAUUUCGAAGCGUUCUGCUUAAAAUUUAAGUUAUUCUUAAAAUUCCCAGAUAAGCUUGACGCCAAACUUCCUAAUAAUCGCAUCGUCACCAGUUCCUUUACUUUUGAUUGUUUCAAAGAACUGUUGAUUCCAG